AUGGCAAGCGACCCUCCGGUUGAAUCGGCUGAGUGGAUUGAACAGCAUCGCGCUGCCGCCAAAUACGACCUUGCCACUUCAAGUCCUUCCCCUCUUUCUGUAAGGGAUCUACUCGACAUUUCAGAACAUCGAGAGAUAUCUCAGCAGGUCUUGGCGUUGCCAGAACUCAGGCUCGAGGACAACGAUCCCCUGGCAGGCGGAGCUGAAUUACGAGGCAAUCUAGCAGCUUUGUACUCUGCUAGAUCUAUCGGGGUCACUCGCGAUGACAUUGUGAUAACCAGCGGAGAGUCAACAGCAAUCUACACAGUCUUGUCCUCAUUACUUACAAAGGGUGACCAUGUCAUUUGUCAACACCCGGCGAAUGAGCUACUAUACCAAAUCCCAAUGGCUCUCGGUGCGGAAGUCAGUCUCUGGAAGGCUAAGCCUUCAAACAAGUGGAAGCUCGAUGUCGAAGAGCUCACCGGCCUGACUCGGGAGUCAACGAAAUUGAUCGUCAUUCACAGUCCGUGUGAUCCCACUGGUGCCAUCGUGCCCAGACCGGUCCUCGAAAAGCUCGUUGACUUUGCCCUGGAGCGAAAGCUCGUCAUACUAGCUGACGAAGUCCUUCGACCCCUGUUUCACUCCAUACUGCCCUCGAGCGAAGAUUUUCCGCCAUCGACCAUAAACAUGGGCUACAGAAGAGUAGUUGUCAUAGGCUCUGUGAGCAAAGCGUACAGUCUGCCUGGCAUCAAGGCUGCGUGGAUUGCAUCUCGACACUCGGACAUCAUUCGUGCUUGCCAGCACAAGACAAGGCUCACCUCGGGACCUGUCUCUAAACUUGAUGAAACCAUCGCUGCGGAGGCCGUGAGUGAGCGCUGCAUUCACGGCUUGCUGGCCAGAAAUAUCAAAAUUUGCCAAACAAACCUUGAAGCCCUUCAAGCGUUUAUCGACGAACAUAACUGGGCAUGCUCCUGGGUCAAACCAUUGGCAGGAACCACGGUCCUGCUCAAAUUUCACAAAAUGGGAAAGCCAGUUGACGAGAAGGCAUUCUGCUCAGCGCUACAUUCUCAACAAGGUAUUCUAGUAGUCCCAGCGAACAGAGCUGUAGGUGACAGCUCGGAUUUGCGUGGCCACGUAAGGGUUGCCUUCGCCGCAUCGACAUCUGAAUUCCAUUCUGCGUUGGAAGCAUGGAAAAUCUUCAUGGAGGAGAGCUAUGAAACAGUGCCAACGGUGGCUAGCAAAUCAAGUGGUAAGGAUCACUAA